ACAGCUACACAUCCUUCGAAUAGGCGAGGCAGCUCCUAAACCACGAGUAUUUUGUAUUACAAACUGCAUCACAAUGCACACUCUGCAUGAGCAGGUCCCCUUAAUCUCAACUCUCUUUCAUGUUGAUUUAAAUGGAGUUAAUACCAUUGCGUGUGCUGCUCACCUGCGCCAACCUGGAUAUUUAUGUCAGAAUGUAUAUUUAACUUCACUUAAAUCACUCAAUGACUGACACACAGUACAAGCCCCAGGCAAAGAUGUCAUAGCAAAUGUAAAGCCACAUCACUUUUCUCAGUGUUCGACUCCUCUUUGUAAUCUUGCUAAAAGGCCUUUGGGCAAAACUGACCUGUACUGUUCAGCAAGGUACAGUAUGUGCUUUUGAUGUUACAAACAAUAAUCAUCAUGUUCCAAAACAUCUAUAGAGUUUUGGUAUAUUAGUCAUAUGUGCAUAGGGCAGUAGUAUAUUUACACUGUACGUUGUACAUAUUUACACAAUUAAUUAUAAGAAAUUAGUGUGCACAGUUGCACCAUGAUUGUAACAAUGGUUGGGACAUUUUAAACAAAUUAAUAAAACAUAUCAAAGUAAAAAUCAUUGCCUUAAUGCUUAUUAUUAUUAUUACUAAAUAUUGUUUGUUUACGUUAUGCUUAACCCGUAAACAACCUCCUUGGGAUGUCAUAAUAUGCUGCUAGAUGUUCACAGAAAACUUUUUUAAAUUCCGCGAUAUGUAAACACUGACAACUUGUCUAAUCAAGUGUUACGGGGUAAUGUAUCACAGACAGUGUUAAAAAGGUUUAAGCUGUUACAAACCUGUAGAGAGCAGCAUUUGAUAUAGUCAGAUACUUCUAUACCAUCGGCUCGUCCUUACCGUUAAGGGGGUGGAGCGACUAUAAUGCUCUUGCAUUUUCCUGUAGUGCUAAACAUAAUCGCUGUACACUUUCACACCUAGACGAACAAAUUAUGUACCAACUGCCUUUAAGUAGAUAUUUUCCAAAUAUACCAUUUAAACUGUUUUAGCGGCGUGCAAAUGUAGCCGUAUUUCUCCGCAACGUGCAUUGCGUUUAAAGCUAACCCGGAAUACGGUGAAGACCCUCCGUAAAGGAGCCCGGCUGGACUUCAGUGCACGCAUUUCGGCAUUUGGAAGCAGUUUGUCUUUCUUCAAAAGGAGGGGGUAUAAAAUUGUGUUGUUUGGCCCAGAGUCUUGUGACCAUGUCCAGUGGCGGCUGACUGAUACUGACCUGUGUAUGCUGAUCAGGCCAAGGGUCUGGUCUGCCUCAGUCUCAUGUGAUUGGACGCUGGAUGGAAUUAAAGUGAAUGGAACAUAAAGAGCAGGACCUUAACCUGCCAGAGGGAGACGAGACAUGGUGGCCAAAUGGAUUGAAGAGAAAAAGAAGGAACAGUCAAUGCUCUAUGAAGAUCCAGUCUGCCUGUUUUCCUCCUCUAGUGAAGAACAUCUCUGUUCCAGGGUAUGUUCCCAGCUAUCUGGACAAGGAUGAGCCAUGUGUGGUGUGUGGGGACAAAGCCACCGGCUACCAUUACCGCUGCAUCACAUGUGAGGGCUGCAAGGGUUUCUUCAGGAGAUCUAUACAGAAAAAUCUUAACCCAUCCUAUUCCUGCAAGUAUGAUGGCUGCUGCAUCAUUGACAAAAUCACCCGCAACCAGUGCCAGCUGUGUCGCUUUAAGAAGUGCAUCUCUGUGGGAAUGGCCAUGGACUUGGUGCUGGAUGAUUCGAAACGUGUGGCCAAGAGGCGUCUGAUUGAGGAGAACCGGGAGAGGAGGAAGAAAGAGGAGAUCGUGAAGACUCUGCACAAUCGAACUGAGCCUACGGUCUCAGAGUGGGAACUGAUCCGGAUGGUGACGGAGGCUCAUCGCCACACCAAUGCCCAGGGCCCGCACUGGAAACAAAAACGCAAGUUUCUGCCUGAAGACAUUGGACAGUCUCCAGCCCCCACAUUAGAGAACGACAAAGUUGACCUGGAGGCCUUUAGUGAGUUUACCAAGAUCAUCACCCCUGCUAUCACGAGAGUUGUGGACUUUGCCAAAAAACUGCCCAUGUUCUCUGAGCUGCCUUGUGAAGACCAGAUCAUCUUGCUGAAAGGCUGCUGCAUGGAGAUCAUGUCGCUGCGUGCCGCCGUGCGGUAUGACCCCGAGAGCGAGACCCUAACCCUGAGUGGAGAGAUGGCGGUCAGUCGAGAGCAGCUGAAGAAUGGGGGGUUAGGUGUGGUGUCUGACGCCAUCUUUGAUUUGGGCAAGAGCCUGUCGCAGUUCAACCUGGACGACUCUGAGGUGGCGCUGCUGCAGGCUGUAUUGCUCAUGAGCUCAGAUCGUUCAGGACUGACGUGUGUGGAGAAGAUUGAGAAUUGCCAGGAGAAGUACCUGUUGGCGUUCGAGCACUACAUCAACUAUCGCAAGCACAACAUCUCGCACUUCUGGCCCAAGCUGCUGAUGAAAGUCACGAACCUGCGGAUGAUCGGAGCCUGUCACGCCAGUCGCUUCCUGCACAUGAAGGUGGAAUGUCCCACAGAACUCUUCCCCCCACUCUUCCUGGAGGUCUUUGAAGAUCAGGAGGUGUGAUCAAGAGCCACAGGGGGUGGGGGGCGUGCAACAGGGUAAACCAUGAAUGGUGAAUUUGUUUGUGCAAAGCAUAACAGAAGCACUUGUUUUUCCACAUAUGCCGAUUUGGGACAUGUAUUUUUGCACCGUUUGCAUUGUCCUGGACACUUCGACUUUGACCCCUCAAGAUUCCGCUCGCAGUCAGAAAAAAGCUAGCAUGCAUCAACCUACCUCUCAUACCAACAUACCUCCCAACUUCUGAAGGAGUUUAUUUUAAAAGCGUGACCGAGACCAUAUAGGUUCCGAGCUGCAUCUCAAUAGCUAUUUCAUAACCCGUUUCAGAAACGCUAUACCGUAGCUUUUUCCAAGCCAUAAGAACAUCAUGAUUGGGAAUAGCUUUCAUCUAAAAUUAAUGCUCAAACCACAAUAAUAUUUUGGCAUUCACGUUCCUCUUUGCAGCUUUGAAAUAUCUCCUUUGUAAACAACUACCUGUGUGCUCACAUACAUUCUGUACAUACAUUAAUAUGUUGUGUGAACUUGUCUGGGUUUGAACCGUCUCAUACCUCAUAAACACCAGCAUACAGACAUACAUGUAGCAACAUGUACAUAUGUGACCCUGGACAACAAAACCUUAUGGGUAAAUUUUUCGAAAUUUAGAUUUUUACAUCACCUGAAAGCUGAAUAAUUAAGCUUUCUGAUGUAUGAGUUGUUAGAAUAGGACAAUAUCUGGCGGAGAUACAACUGUUUAAAACUCUGGAAUCUGAGGGUGCAAAAAAAACGUAUUGAGAAAAUUGUCUUUGAAGUUGUUAAACAGAGGCACUGUAGCAGGCCAUCCACUCACAAAAAUAACGUUUGUAUACAUUUAGGGUAGGAAAUUUACUAAAUAUUUUCAUGGAAAAUGAUCUUUACUUAAUAUCCUAAUGAUUUUUGGCAUAAAAGAAAAUUCAAUAAUUUUGACCCAUACAAUGUAUUUUGGGCUUUUACUAAAAAUGUUCCUGUGCUACUUAAGACUGGUUUUGUGAUCCAGGGACACAUAUAUGUAUGCAUGCUUGUGAAUCUACCCGCACCCACGCGUCUGUCAUCUUACAAUGCUGUGUAUACAGUUCUCUCAUACCUUCAUACAAAACCAGUGUACUUGGAUUGCAUUUGUUACUUAAGCUGAAAAAAUGCUGUGACCUCAUCUUCUAUAGUCUGUUUUUGCUUUCCGCUGUCAACAGAGGUUUUCUUUCCUGUAUUUACUGAGCGAGGUUUAAAUAUUACCCCUGAAAAUGUAUUCGUCGAAAAAAAAAUUGAACAUUAGUCCUAAUUCAGGGUGGUUAAAGAUCCAAAGAUGAUUAGGAAUUUGACGGAUGACAAUGAAAGCGGAAGGGUUCCUAAUCACAUUCACUAAGAGUUGGAGGAAUGUAUUUGUGUUGCAUGUACAGAGUACAAUGAGGCUA